AAAGAAUUCUAUAAAAACUGGAGGAUCCGGCGGCUGUUUGGUAAACAGUUUCGAACUGGAUAUCGAGGCCAGAGCAUCAGGCGAUAGGCUGAGUUCUAUUACCGAGACCAUUAGUAGUUUUAACAGCCUGCGGUGUACACACGACAUCAAACUCAGUCGCCUCACACCAUCGAUGUGAACAAACUACAUGUACAUCAUUCCGGCAAAAAAAUGAAAGCGAAAAUGAAUUUUCUGAAGGCCCUGCUGGCCCGGGGUCUGUUCGCAAUCCAUGGCAUCAUCACCAUCUGGCGAGUCACGGAGGUGAAUUCCGAGAUAUACUAUUUGCUGGUCAUCCCGGUUUGUCUGGUGCCCGUGGAGAUGAUCACCACGCUGAAAUUUGCCGACGACGGCGAAUGGAAGUGGUUCUGUCCCAGCGUUCUCCUGUAUCUGGCUAGUGUGGUGCCGGGCCUGUGGCUGCUGCAAUUCGACUUGUACGACAAACGCAUCGCGUAUCGAGAAUCGAUGGGCUGGACAGAUUGCUCGGGAGAUUUUAUGUACAACGAAACGUCUCUCAGCUUUGAUGUUGUAGGGUUUAAUUUGGUCGUCCCUGUGACCCUGUCAGACGAAGACUGGGCUGUGACCUUGGAGCAAGUCCUAAUUAUCCUCCUGAUCUUGGGAAGAUGGCUGCUGCCCAAGGGAUCACUCACCCGCGACCAGCUCUCCCAGUUGCUGCUCGUGUACAUCGCCAUGGGUGCAGACAUCCUGGAGUUCUUCGGGGAGAGUUUGGGGGAGGAAACGGUCAUCUGCAACCGCGCGCUCAUCACGGUCAUUCUCCUCAUCUGGAGCUGGAGUCUGGGUCAGUUUACAUUGGUGAGGACGUCGGUGUCCGCCGCCGCUGACCAACCGGCAGCCAAGCGACGACGCAAAUCUGUAGUCUCGGGGGUGUUCGGAGGCUGCUGUGGCAGCGAGAUCUGGACCCUGUGUAUCGCCAUCGUCAUGCAGGACGGCCCGUUCCUGAUUGUUCGGCUCUAUCUCAUCAUCGUCAGCGGCACGGUUAAUCAGCUGAUGCUGUUUUUCACGGUCAAGAACGUCGUGAUCAUUUCGCUGCAGUUGUACCGGAUUGCCAUCCUGCGCUUCCCCGGGCUGUGCCCAGGGGUGCAGACCGAUCCUGACGUUGAAGAAGGGGUGCCGGAGGCGGAACCGGAAGGCAGGGACAAUGAAGGAUUGGAAGUUGAUGAUGAGGGGCAAGUGGAAGAAAAGGAAAACAAAGACGAACAGAAGGAACAUGUGAUUGGAACCGAAUUCUAAUAGAGAAGUAUCAAGUAUUCGUUUAAUAACUGUUGGUAGAAAAAUAAAGACAUGCACCGUCAACAUUUGGGUCGUUUUAAAGUUAAUUACAUGUACUCCAAGAGUGACAGUUGUCACAGGUUGCUUUAACUCAUUAAACCAUAAUUAUGUACCUUCCCACCUACCACCGUUUUGGAGGGAUCUAUAAAAUUUUGAACAACCCGGAUAUAGAGCAGUUUUUUAUGCUGAACCGCCAUUCAGAAUCACUGCACCGUGGUCAGACCAGGGCUUCCAGCCUUGGAGUUUGAAUAGCGUAAUUGUGUUCCGAAAAUGACACAUCCUUUACUCUAUAAUAUAAUCAGCGAUGGUAUGCUAUUGAACUCACAACAGAACUAGCGGAAGACCGAGUUGAUUGUAUAGGGGUGCAGACAAGUGAGAAUUUUUGACCAGCUCAUUAGCAUUAAAAGUGCCCCCCACAGUAUCUUUUGAAAAAGGAGAUUGUUU